UAGGCUGCACCUACACACAUGUUCUGUUAGAUUAUAAUUUAUAUAUCUAUCAUAUCAUAUAAUAUAUAAAGAUUGAAUUUGAGAUCUCUCAUAUCAUAUUAGGCAUAGCAACCAUGACAGUUGAUAUCUCCAACGUCUUCCAAAAACUUUGCAACAAAAUUGCAAUCUUACUAAUAUUCGUGUUAGUAGAACUUAUCAUCUUCAUUUGGAAACUAACAUCAGAUACACAAUCAAUCACAACUCGCCAAUACAUAAAAUUCAUCGAAGAAAAGAACCCUACUAUUCGUUACAACAAAAAGUUGAAUUCACACGGGGAUUGUAGCGUGUGCUUAUCAGAAUUCGAAGAAGGAGAGAAGGUUCGGAGGUUGAAAUGCAAACACACAUUUCAUAAGGAUUGUUUGGAUAAAUGGUUGCAAGAUUAUUUUGCUACAUGUCCACUUUGUAGGGAACAAGUUUUACCAGAUAAUGUUGUGUUAAAACAUCGUCAGCAACGAAAUCAACAGAGUAAUAUUGAGGGGAAUGAUGAAAAUCUUCCCUAUGUGUUGUUCUUGUUACGUGGUGGUAAUAACAGUCACUUGCGUAGAUAGAUAUGUCUGAAAUUCAAAUUUGUCUCUGAUUAAGAUUUAUUUAGUUAGAUAAAAAAAUUGUUAGUUUUCUUUUUAGCUACAACUAGUUUUAUUUAUUUAUUUGUAAAAUGGGGCUUGUUCUUCCUCUUUCUGGGUUCAAUUCCCUGUUCUUUUUGUACAUAUAUAGGAUGAUGAUACAAUAUAUCUUUAAUUAAUUAAGGAACAUUAUUUUGUAUAA